CUAGAGGUGGCUGCCUAUAAAAGUCUGUCAACAUUCAGUCACCAUUCGCUCUUCAUCCAAGUCACAGAUUUCCCUCCACAGUUGUGCCACAUUUAAUCCCCCAGGGAAAAAAGGAACCAGCAGCUGACAUUAACCAUCAUGUGCUACGAAAAAUGUGCCAAGUGCCUAGGCAUCACACUCAUCCCUCUGGCUCUUCUCGGUAUUAUCUUAAACACUCUGCUCUUUUUCCCGAAUGGAAAAACGGGAUACAAUACUCCUGAGAAAUUGGCCGACACCGUGUGGUGCUUCAGUGGGAUUAUAGGAUCUGGAUUACUGAUGGUGUUCCCAAUCCUCGUCUUCAUGGGCAUGGAGAAUAAUGACUGCUGUGGCUGUUGUGGAAACGAGAGCUGUGGGAAACGGUUUGCGAAUUUUUCCUCUGUAAUCUUUGCUGCAAUUGGUGUGGCAGGAGCUGCCUACUGUUUCAUCGUUUCUGCAGUGGGCCUCAACCAGGGUCCAAAAUGUACCACAAUAAACAACAGCAAUUACACCUACGUCUUUACUAACGGCGAUUACCUGGGAAAUCACACGAUGUGGGACAUCUGCAGUGAGCCACCCAAUAUUGUGGAGUGGCAUGUUACCUUGUUCGCUCUCCUGUUGGUGCUAAGUGGAGUUCAGCUCAUUCUUUGUGCCAUCCAAGUUGUCAAUGGACUGAUCGGGUUUCUCUGUGGGGAGUGCAGCUGCUGCAGUUCAGACUAACACGGCGAGAGGCGCACUGCCCGAUACCGGCGCAAGAUGACCAAUAAACAGGAUUCAGCGGACACAGGAGGUUUUCCUUUGACUCUCUUCACCACAAGGACAUACAAUCCUUCCAAAUCAAAACCCACAUGGAACUCAUUCUGAUCCCUGAAAUUAACUGCUGAGGUCAGAAUGGAGAAACAAGCCUACAUCGAAUCGGUGCGAUGUUCCUCGACCACUAAUUUUAAGAGAAGCUUUAAGCUGUUUGAAGUAGUUUUAAAGUAAAGGAAUUUUCUACAGUGUAAUGCUAACACUUGUUUUUGGGAACAAACUUUGAUAUCACUUUAACUCGAGAGAUCCCGCUUGCAAAAAUGCACAUAAAAUGCAGGUUAAAAAUAUGCACACAACAUUUAUUUCUUCCACAAGUUUGCUCACUUCAUAAUAAAGUUCUGUGGUUAAGUCUUCAACUCA